AUGCGGCCUCCAGCCUCUUCUCCGCCGGCACUGCCGCUGGACACUCUCUCACCGGUCUUUCUCUCUCCUGCAUUUUCAAAGUUGAAUCGCAUCUUCACAGCACCUGCGAUCUUGGCCGCCCCCCCCACCGAUGGGGCAAGAAGUGUCUCCACUGUCUCUGGCCCCCCUCCGGCCGUGGGCAGUGCCACACUCGCCCAAGCCGAGGCCCGAGACAUCGCCCGCGCCGAGGAAGCUUUCCGGGAGGCUCUCGACGAGCGGUUAAAGCUUUGGCGCGAAAGAUGUCUCCCGUUCAUCGGGUUACUCAUGACCCAGGCUGACAAGACGGUCUCGACGCCGACUUCAUCCGCCAGUCUGGGCACUGUCUCUCGGUCCCCGUCGCCGCCCCACUUGGCCUCCGUUGCACCGUUGUCUUCUCCGUCCUCUGCGCCUGCCGAGGCUGCUGUCUUUCCCGAGUCUCUGCUGUCUCCAUACCUCGCUCCCUGUUUGUCAACGUUUUCCGUGCUGAGUGCGUCCUUCCUGCGGCCGGCCGACGAGAAGAUCUCUGCGCUGUUUUUCGAGUUGUGCGUCGCCGUGGCCAGCGGCGGCUUCUCCUAUUCGAAGGCGACGGACUUCCUCGUCAAAAAGGCGCUGCCCAACGCGCUGUUCCACUUUGUCCUCAUCGCUGCAGACCUCCGCAGAGCUGCCGCCCUGACGCAUGCGGCUGCGCAACGCGCCUCGGCCAGUGCGCCGGGGAGGCCGCUCGCUCUCGACAGUCCUUCGGCGGAAACCGAGUCCCCUGAGGGAGCAGGGGCUGGUGCCCCGCCUGCAGGGCCGAGCGAAGAAGCCGGGGCACACGUUUCGACGCCCAAGGGAAAGGCCGACGGCGGGUUUGAACUGGGAAUGGGGACUCCCUCGGCUGCCGCGUCCGCGCCGUCUCCUCUGUCGGGCACGGGGGCCCCGAACGGGCACGAGACAGAAGCGACAGAACACGGAGCUCGUCUCGCCCCCGAGGUCGUUGCGUUGGAAGCGGCUCUGCGCAGGUGUUUCUUCAAAACCCCGUGCUCGCCAGAAACCGUAGACGUUCCGGCCGCGCUGGAGUUCAUUGCCUCGACCUUCUUCCCUCGGGCGUCUGCAAAAUCUGAGACAGAGGACGCCAAGGGCGGCGGCAGCUCACGGCCAGACUCAAGGGAAAAGAGUCAACGAGCGCUCUCCGUCUCUGGGGUGUUCGCGCCCCACACCAAUGUCCACCUUCCCGCGUGUUCGCUCCAGUCGCUUCUGCCCCUACCUUUCCGCGCGCUUCUCCUCGACGCCGUCACCGUCACCACCGAAAUGUGUGUACACGCGGACCCGGUGCGAGUGGAGUUCCGCCGCGCACAGAGCAAUCUCGGAGCGUUUCUGCGGCUCCUCGAGACGGGGCACGUGGUGACCCCCGUAGAUAUUUGCGCGUUUGGAAGCAGUAUUCGUUUGGACGAUCUCGCCUGGCCUCGACUCGCGCCGUCGGUCGGCGGAGGCAGAAAACGCGUCCACGAACUUCUCAUCAAGGAAAGGACGAAGCGAAAGUUCACGUUGACCGUCUACAACCUGUGCAGGGAGAACAUCGGCCUCUAUGCCAGACUCCACGCCGCUCUUCUCGCCUACGUGGAGAGCCCGGUGCGGAUUUCUUCGAGGAUCUGUUUGAAGGCUGUGGCUGCAAUUGUGGGUGAAGGCAGCUUGUGCCCGAGCCGGACUCUGGCGACGAUUUUAUCCGUCUACGAAGACCACCUGUUUAGUCACAAUCAACUUCUGCCUCUCGUUUCCCUCUUCUCGCCCGAAAAGCUGCUCGAAGUCAUUGUUUUCGAGUUGCAUCUAUACGCCGAGUUGCGGCGACAGAGAGACGUCGCGGACGAAGACGCUGCGCUGACGAUUUUGCAUGCGCAGACUCUUCCAGCGACAUCGGCAGGCGUCACAAGCGUGCCUGGAGGCACGGUGCACCAUUCCUCGUCCUCGCCUGCGGAGAUGGGGACGGUUGCGCGGAGCGUUCAGAACCGAGCGGCCGAGGGUCCCUCCCCGAAUUUUUAUCGGAUGCUGGCUCUCUUCGUGAUGAAAGGAAUCAUCUCCCUUGAGGCCCUCUACCCGCACCUUCUGCCGGCGGACGCGCUGCUCUCAGCGCUCUUUGCUCGGACGGCCUCUCGGUACCAAGCGGCGUUGCGCGACGCCAAGGGCGGCGUGCUGCCUGCGCCUCCAAAGCCGGAGCUCUCCGUUCAGGCGCAAUUCGAUCAAGCCCUACCGGGCGUUCUCGCCGCGUGUGGGGUGGCCGGAGACUCUGCAGGAGACGGCAGGCGGGACGGCGCCACGUCGGGGCCCGCGGCUCUGGGGGCGAACGGACCGGCAGGAACCAAUCCAGGAGCUGGGCCGGGAAGCGGCGGAGGCCCCAACAUGCCUCAUCCGCCGUCGUCGACGCCGUUUGGCUAUUACGGCCGCGCGCCGAUGCACUCGCCCUCUGGGGUGAACCAUCAGGGCGGUCCGCCGGGGUGGACAGGCAGUCCUGGAGCCAUGAUGAGCGGCGGAUCUUCCUUCGGCGCGCCGUUCUCGUCCUUGUACGGCUACCCGCCUCCUCUUCACGGAUCAGGUAACGCUCUCGCUUCUCGGAACGUGAAUUCGAACUCGCCCCACUAUGGCCCGACGGGCGCGGACGGGGCGGGCUUCUUCGCUUCGGGCGCGGGCUUCGGGGCGAACGGGGCGCCGGGGCUGCACGGCGCGGCUGGCGGGGCUGGGACGCAGGGUCGCGCGAAUCCCGAGCGGGAGCGCGAGGCGAGAGAGAAGAUUGAGAAAGAGAAAAAGGCGCUGGAGAAGAAGCUAGUUGAGAAGGAAAAGGAGCUCCGAGACAAAGACGCCGGCAAUCCACUGCUCAACCUCCCGGGGGCAAGAGAGUAUCUGCUGUACGACGAACAGGGCGUCAGAUUUGCUCUGGAAAAGAUCUACGGCAUGGAGAUUGGGAAGUUCCGCCUCCUCGCAGCGUUCCUCGACUUCAACGGCACAGCAUUCGCACACCAGCUUCUUCUUCAUUUUACCGCGAAGCUCCACGUGAAUCCCUGCCUGAAUGGGGCCGUGCAAAAGAGCCUGGCGAGAUACAUCAACUGGCUCCUCGGCCCUCUCUGCGCGCGCCGCCCGAAGGAUUCCUUGGCGCUCUACCUCGCGACGGCGCGACCGAAAUCCGGUUCCCCGCGAGAGUCUCCACUUUUUUCGCAAGCGGAGGCGCUCCGCGCGCUGCGGCCUCUCUGCAGAGACGCGCGAGGGUGCAAUCCCUCGCUGUGUGCGCACGAGCCGUACUGGUUGGGCGCAGUCUUGCGGCGAGAGGACGAGAAGGCCGAAGUGGACGGCGAGAAAGAAAGGCCCUUGGUGACAGACGCCGAAAGACAGCGAGCGAAGGAAAGCGGAGUGAAGCACGAGGGGGACGAGACGGAACCGACGUCUUCAGGAGACCCCGCCAGCGAGGCACAGAGGCCCGUAAAACGCGUGAAGACAGAGAGAGAAGAGAACGGAGCAGACACAGACAAAGCAGUCCUCGAAGCCGACAGCAGGCGCGCAGCGGCCGAGCCGCACCAGGCGCGCUCAGGGGGUGUCUCGUCGCCGUCGGAGACAGCGAGAGCGAGGCGAGAGACGGGCGCGAGUGACGAGGCGGAUGGCGCGAGAAGGCAGGAUGGAAACGAACGCUUCAUCGGCCUCGCUCCCGCUGAAGCCUACGAGGACUUCUUCGUUCACAUUCUGCCGCUGCUUCGGUACAUGGGGGCGUCGCUCGCGUUCGACACCAAUCUCUUCUCCAGUGUCUUGUGUGUUCUGACUGGCGUGGCUGAGGAAGAGCGAGAGAGCCGUAAACGGAGGGGCGCCGGAAAAGCACAGACGUGCAGGACACAGCUGGACGACGUGCUGGUCGAGCUGAUCUUUCCCGCUCUGUCGCAAGUGCCGUUCGGCGCGAGCGUCUUGAGCGCGAAGGUCUGGGGCGUUUUGGAGCUGCUUCCGGCCUCUCGGCGCUACGCGAUCUACACGCGAGUCAUGGAUGCUUGGCUCUCGGAAACGUCCCAUCCGAUGACUCUGAACUACGAGGUGGUACGCGUGAGGCUGCGCAAGUUGCUGAAGCGUCUGACGUCGACGAUUUUCGAGGACCGCCUCAAGGCGAAGGAGAGAACGCUGCUGUCGGAAAUCAGCGCUCUGUCGCGGAUCGCACCUGGCCCCGUCGCGGACCUUUUCCUCCACCAAACAGAUUUGUUCGACGAUAACAUGGUGAAGACGCUGGCCGAGGCGGCGCGUUCGCUCGCGCCGCUCUCCGCAGAUAUUUUCCUCUCGCGCUUCAUUCACCGGCAACUGUGCCGAGACGCCGGCGACGUGAGCUCUGCGCCGAACGGGAAAGGCCGAGGCGGCGCAGGCGCCGACAUAUGCGGCCCUCCAAAGCAACUGGUCAACCGCGCGGCUCUUACCGGGCGUUUCUUGAAAAUCCACUACACCACCGAUCUGCAGCCGCUUCUGGUCUCAACCAUUCUCCGCCUGUGGCGAGACUUCGACGCCUCGCAGGUUCUGUCUCCUGCGAAGGCUGUCGCAGCCGAGGAAGGCGAGAGAGAGACCGAUGCAAGCGCCGAGGGAGCGAGGGCGAAGAGGGACGGCCUCGCACCCAGGCUGGUCGGCGAAAACCGCUACUACCCGGCGGAUCUUCUCGGAUUCUGGCGGGAUAAAGAGUACAUCGAAAAGCUGAUCGAACUCAUGGGAGACUGCCCCAAGCUGCCAGAGGCGGGCGCCUUGACCGCUGACCAAAUCUACGCUCAGGGUGGCGGUCCGUUGCUGAAGGCGGAAGUGAUGUUGGCGGCUGAAGAUGACUCACCGUGUCCUCUGCCUCGAAGCGGAGAAGACGAAGACCCUGCGGCAUCAGAUCGUCGAGGCGCGGCGGCCUUCGCUCUUCGUGAGGCUCUGAGCAAGCGCGACAUCUUUACGCCGCUUCUCUUCAUUCUGGCAAAACAGCGUGUGGAGGUCUUCUACGACGGCGACUUUACGCGAUCCCUCCGCAGCUUCGGCUCCACAUUCGACGACUUACAAACUUACCAUCUGCAGGUGGUGGACUUUCUCUCGCGCUACGCGUCUCCGUCUGCGACUGCGUAUGCGUCGUUGCUUCCGCCCGUCCGCGAAAUCUUUGCCCGCUUCGAGCCCGCGAUGGCGUGGACCAUCAUCCGCCCUGGACUCGCGGAUUUCCUCGAGACCUUUCCGGCCGGAGCUGCGAUCGAGUGCGAGGAGAAAAAGCGGACGGAGAGAGACAAAGACGCGCAAGACCCGCCUGCAGCUCCCGAGAGGGGCAGUGAGAGAGACAGGGCCAACUCUGGACAACGCGACAGAAAAACAGAAAAGGAACAACGAGUUGUUCGCCUCACGUCUACCUGGCAAACGCGCGUGCGGCCGACUGUCGAAGAGUAUUUGGCCGAGAAGCAGUUGAACGGGCUGUCGAUGGAUUUCUUCCUGCUCUUUUGGAGGCUCUCGCUUAGCGACAUCUACGUCCCCGACCGUCAGUAUGAGGCGUGCCUCGCCCGCCUCGACGCCGGCGUUAAGCAGAGUUUGCGGGCCUUGGAAGACCUCGAGAAGCAGCGGCGGUCGACAGCGUCGUGGGCCGCCGAGCAGCAGAAGGGCGCCGAGGAGCCGCUGAAGGCGCGCCUCAGCCGCCUCCAGCGGAGACACAGGGCCCUCCAAGCUGAGUGGCAUGAACACAAACGCCGCUUCGACGCGGUUCGGCGUGCACUCCGGUCCCUCGACUCUCUCGACUGGUUCGGCAGUCUCGGGCCUUCUUCAUUUUCCUCUUCUCCUUCUUCCUCGCCUUCGUCUCCUGCCGCGUCGCCUGUCUCUUCGCCUCUGCCUUCUCCCUCGUCUGGUGGCGUGCGCGACACGGCGCAAAAUGGAGAGACUGCAGAGACAGGAGAAGCUGCUUCUGCGGCGCGGGCGCUGGACGAGAAAGAGAAUCGCGAGGACGAGAACGCGAAAGAUGGCGGCGCGCGAGAAGGCGCCGACGCGACGAAGGGAGGCGCCGAAGUCGCAAAGACGGAGCUGAGCAACGCCGCUGGAGGGUUGCAGGAAAGCAGCGUGGACGGGAGGCGCGCCGAAGCGCUCAGGGGCCAGACUGACAAGGCGCCCGACGAGGAUGCCGAGAUGGAGGACGACGCCUUGGGCGCGGACCCCAGCUCGGAUGCAGUUUCACCAGGGCUUCGAACGGGCGUGGCGGGAGUGAAGAAAGAGGGGACUGCCGGACCGGCCUUGGCCUCGACGCCGUGCGCGCGGAAAGGUGGACCGCUGGCGAUUCAGGCAUUUGUGAAAUUCUUGUUGGCGCCGCGUCUCUUGAACGCGGAAGUCGACGCGCUCUUCUGCUCCCACUUCGUCAUGCUUCUUCUCGAGCUCAGGACGCCGCGAUUCAACUACCUGGCCUUCACCAAUGUGUGGACCAAAAUGCUUACGCCUCUCGUCAGGUGUAGCACUGUGCGAGAAGCGCAGCUGCUGGGUCUGUUUGUGAACGAGAUGCUGGCGCCUCUUUCCCGGUGGCUGAAGAACCAGAAGGCGUUCGAAAAAGAUACCGGCGGCAACAGCUGCUUCGGCCGGACGUUCCGCGAAAGCGAGAGCAUCCCUGCGGCGCAACUCGAGAAGGGCGCGAAGAAGUGGGAGUCACGAAUCUUCGAGAGCCUCGUCCAAGGCCUUCCGGAGCCGUCCGCCUCGGCUGAGUCGUCGGCCUCGCCUUCGCAGUGGAUGGCAGCGAAGGCGGUUGUGGUGUUCCUCUCCCGGUGUCACGCGAACUUUCCUCUCUCCUACACGCGCGGGGUUGAAUUGAUGACGCGUCUGGAGCACGUCGUCGAACUCGCCCAGGCGUGGGGCUGGAAGGACGUGAGCUUGUCGGCGAGCAGCAUCUUGAAGACGCUGGACAAGUAUCGCCGCGAGCGCAGCUGGUACCAGUCGCCGCCGGAGAGCGAGGAGAAAGCUGCGUCCCAUUCUUCUGGAGCUUCUUCUGGGGCGACGUCGAGUGCCUCGAAAUCUGCCUCGUCUUCUUUGCCGCCAAAGGGCGGCGCGAAGAAUGCGCUCACGUCUGUCUCGAUGUCGGGCGCGAGCAGCCACGGCCCCGCGUCUCCGCCUUCGUCUUCCUCGGGGAAGAAAGAUGCUUCUGCGGGUGCCCCAGCCGCUGCGACAGCAAGUCCUCGAGGAGCGACCAAAUCGCCUUCUGUUUCUCGGGAAGCCGCGUCGUCGAAGCCGGCCCCGGCGGGCCGACCAAAGGCGAGCGCGUCCGCGCCUGCGCCUCCUUCCGGCGCCGCUUCGGGGAGUCCGCGGCCGAAAGGGACCGCGCCGGCUUCCUCGCUCGCUUCUUCGCGGCCGAAUCCGCGCGUUCCGGAACCGCUGAAGAAGGCGGGUUCGGCCUCUGCCGGAAAGGGGACGGAGGCGGAGACAGGUGUCUCCGCGGCUUCGGGCCGCAGUGCGUCGGAAGGCGAGGGCAACGUGGAGCCCAAGGGAGGCGCGUCGGACGCGCGGAGCAGAGAGCACAGCGAGGAACAGCGAAGGCGCGAGACAAGCGAGAAGGUGGGCCAGGCUGGACAGGGUGGCCACUGCGAAGACCGGAAAGACGCGGAGCGGAGGGAGCGCGAAGAGAAAGCCGCGAGGGCCCCGGGCGACGAUACGAAUGCAAGAGGCAAGGACACUCCGAGUCGCCCGUCCAGAAGCCGAAGCAAGAGUCCAGGCGACCGCGAGUCCAAGCGGCAACGGCGCGAAAACGAGAAGGAAAGUGAGAAAGCACCGCUGGCAUCGGCCGAGGCAAAAGGCAACAGAGGGCGAAGUGCUUCGGUGUCAGGGCGAGACGCGGAAACGAAGGAGUCAGUGCGAUCUGAGGGCGCGAAACCACGAGGGACAGGCCCCCCUGCCACGGCUCCGGCGUCCGCUGCGAAGAAAUGCGGGAAGGAGGCAGACGCCAGUGAACAGCCCCGGGGACCGAAGAGUGCAGUGGCCGAGAAGCUGGAGGCCAGCGAGAAGAGAACGGGCGGAAAAGACGAGAGGCAGACAGGAGUUUCAUCGCCUCCGGUCGGGCCCCGGGAAGACGCACUGACGCACAAGGACGACGACGGCCGAGAAAAGAGAGGCUCUGCGGCAAGGAAGAGGAGACAGGACGAGACAGAGCCUCCGGCUUCGGCCUCUUCCUCGUUCACAAACGACGAAGGGGGAAAGGAGAAAGCGACGUCUGAUGCAGCUGAGCACGCCAGUUCAGCUUCUUCUCGCGGUCCACCGACGGGGAAGAGCAGCGGGGCGGGCGAGGCGAGAAAAGUGGGGGAAGAAAGGCCAGGCUCGAAGGGCGAGCCGAGCGUACCUUCGGGCGAGAGCGGCGCUGAGAAGAAGAAGGCCGCGCCACGACCCAGCGCCGGCGCGCCGCGGGACGACCGCACGGACAGUUGCCCGCCAAAAUAUCCGGGCAAGAAGGAGGAGACGCAGCGGAAACCAGGCGCCUCGCAUCCUGCCUCGUUCUCCGCGUCUCGUGGAGGUUCAGCGGGCGGUGGCAGCCGCACCGACCGGGGGGGCGAUGCUGCCCUUGCGUCGGGCUUGAAAGUUCCUCCGAAGUCGGGGAGCGGGGCGCCGACCGCGAACGGGCCUCAGGGCCAUCCCCACUCGGGGUCGAGCGGAGGCCCGCACCCGCCAGGCGGCGGAGACCGAGGCGGGGGCUCCAGGGGGGGAAACGUGUCUUUCUCGGGUCCCCGCCGCUCUUCGGCCGCGUCGGGCGGGAGUCAAGCGGGUCGUCUCGGCCCUGGGGACGGUCCCGUCGCGGGGCCUCCCAACAGCAAAUGGGGGGCGCCGGGGCCUGGUGGCCCGCCGUCUGUGGGGUCCCACCUCGGGUUCUCGGCCUCGCACCACACCUCGUCCUUCCACAUGCCGCCGCCUCCCGCGUUCGGGCACAACCACGGCUCCCACGGCGGCCACCCGUCGACCUCCCAGCACGGAGGGCCGAUGCGGAACGUGAACGCGUACUCUGCCUCCCAGUACACGGGAGGUUCCCACGGCUAUGGGCCCCACAACCCGCAAGGCUCAGGGGCGAACCUCCAGGGACAGCAGGCGAUGGGCGUGGGAGGCCCCGGCGGGCCCCAGGCCCGCAACGCGCUCUUCGGGCCCUCCAAGGGCCAACACGCCCACCGCCACGGCGGCUCUCACCACCGGUCUGGGCACCACCAACGGUGA